AUGUAUGGCCUGGAAGCUACAUCACUCACUAAAGCCCAAGAACGAAAGUUGGAAGUAGCUGAAAUACGAAUGCUGAGAUGGUCGUUAGGCCUGACACGAAGAGAGAGAGUAAGGGACGAGUGUAUCAGGGAAAAGUUAAGAGUACCAAGGUUACAAGAUAAACUACGUGAGGGACGGUGGAGGUGGUAUGGACAUGUACGAAGAGGCGAAGAGCAUGUGGUUAGAAGAGUGGAGAAUAUGAAGAUCGGAAGAAGGAGACAAGUAAAACCGAGACGGAGGAUGUAUGACUGCUCCCGCGAGGACAUGAGGGGAGUCGGAGUCCGAGAGCGUGAGGCACAAGACCGGCGCAGCAGGAGACAGAAGAUCCGCACCGGCGACCCAGGAUGA